CCGGGGAUGGUGGUCAACUAUGGUGAAUUGAAGGUUUUUGUUGAUGGAGAAAGAACAGAGGCGGUGAAGUAUGUGGUUUAUGAGCUGAAGAGAUUGGUGGAAGUUCAUAGUGGGAAAUUGAGGCUUGUGGGAUCAGCGGGCAGUGAUGAAAGCUACAUAAAGUUCUUGGGUCGGUUUCCCUCUAUUCAAAAGGAUUGGGAUUUGCAUCUUCUUCCCAUUACUACUUCGGCAUCUAUAACUAGAAGGUUUAACCCCAGAUCCAGCUUGAUGGGUUCGUUCGUUCCAUUUGCUGGGUUCUUUCCAACACCAUCUGAGUUUGAAAAUGUACAGAGCAACAUAAAUCAGUCAAUUGCUCGUUGCAACCUUUGCAACGAAAAGUACGAGCAAGAAGUUACCAGCCUUUUGAAAGGAUCCACUACUACUUCAGUAGCUGAUCAGCACCCUUCUAACGUUCCUCCUUGGUUACAAAUGGCUGAAUGUGGAACAAGCGGUACAAUGACUGGGAUAGAGUGCAGGCCAAAAAUGACAAUGUUUUCAACAUCAGAGUUGUGGGUUUGCAAAAGAAAUGGAACGAUAUAUGCCAGCAUCUUCAUCAAUCACGGUCAUCUCCACCCCAUGUUUUGCCUGCUGCAAUGGGUGAAUGUAAAAGUCAAGAUUCAGUUUUAUUAGCUGAAAGCCAGUUCAGUGAGCAAAAUAUCUCUCCAUCCAGUAAACAAGAGUUACCCAAACCUAUGGUCUGUACUGUAUCCACGGAUCUAGGAUUGGGAACCAUAUAUGUAUCCACGGAUAAAAGGAAACCAGAAGAAAGUGUCAAAGAUCAUAAAGACCGCCUUCAGAAUAUCUCUGGCUCAGUUUCUUGUUGUAGGCUCCUUCCUCAUGUGGUAGGAGAUGGCCUGGCUUCAAAAGACUUUAAGUACAUACAUAAAUCUCUUGCUGAGAUUGUUUACUGGCAAGAUGAGGCAAUUUACGCCAUUAGCCAAAUAGUAUCCAGUUGCAUAAAUGGACAAGUAAGAGGUCAUGGUCGAAACAGGGGAAAUAUCUGGCUCUCCUUCCUUGGAGCUGACACAGUGGGGAAAAGAAAAAUCGUGAGAUUCCUUUCUGAAAAAGUCUUUGGGAGCCAGGGUAGCUUGCUGUUUGUGGAUCUUAGCUCCAAUCAUAAUGAGAUUAAUAACUCCUCUAACUCUAUGUUUGACCAUUGUGGCUUCAAAAGCCAUGAUGUGAGCAUUAGGGGGAAAGCGGCUGUUGACUGUAUUGCUGAUGAGCUAAGCAAGAAAUGCUAUUCUGCCGUGCUUCUUGAAAAUAUAGAAAAGUCUGACUUUCUCAUUCAGAACAGCCUCUCCCAGUCGCUGAAAACGGGCAAGUUCCCUGAUUUGCAUGGAAGGGAGAUCAGUAUAAAUAACACGGUUUUUAUGAUCACUUCAAAGUACUCAAAGGAUAAACGCAAUUGCCUUACAGGUUCAGAUUCUCCCCUUUUUUCAGAAAGAAGCGUACUUGCAGCCAAAGACCUGCCAAUGAGGAUUAUCAUGGGACCAAGGACUCGAGGUGGAUUGAAAAUGGAGAGCAUGAACGUGUUUAUCAUCACUUCUAGGAACAAAACACCAAACACCUUAUCUUUAAACAAAAGAAAACUGAUGUACUCCAACAAGGUGACUUGUCAAAGUUCUAAAAGGGCAUCAAAAGUUUCUCUUGAUCUGAACCUGCCUGUGGAGGAAGAGGUGGAAGAGGAGGACGAUAGUGACAACUCUAACAGUGACUCCGGCUAUGACAGUGCAACUGCAGAAUGGUUGGAUGAUUUCUUGAAGCAGACAGAUGAAAAUGUGAUCUUCAAGCCUUUUGACUUUGAUGCUGUUGCCAAGGAAAUUCUCAAGGGAAUCAACAAUAAACUGGUGGAGGUUUUCGGAACAAAUGCUGUUCUAGAGAUUGAUCAGGAACUAAUGAUUCAGAUGCUUGCGGCUGCUUGGUUAUCAGACAGAAAAGAAGCAGUGGAUGAAUGGAUCAAAGAGGUUAUGGGCAGGAGCUUUUUGGAAGCUCAAACUAGAUUCCACUUCACAGCAGAUAUUAAUGCAAUUAAAUUUGUUGCAUUUGAGGGAAUUCCUGUAGAACCUCAUUCUUGUGGAAUUCGCCUUCCAGCCAGAGUAUGUGUAAUGUAAUGAUCACCUAAUUCCCUUUUUUUUUUCAUUUUUUGCAGGUAUAUAAAAUUCUUCUGAAUCUUUAAGGAUGUUUUGUUAGUAGAAUUUGUGGGCUGAAUUGCCUGUUUUGGAUGUAUACCUGUAAUUUUUGUUGCCGCUUCGGGAUACUUUGUAGUUUGUAUCUAUUUUUCAAUUCUUGCAAGUCCAAAUUGCUGUUCUCUUUUAUAAUGAGCGUGAUGUGUAUAUUAUUCCAUAGUUCUAAAUUUUUUCCUCCCGUUCGAAAUGAACUCAAAUUAUUAUAUUUC